CCUCCAUUCAAAUCAUCAUUUUCGUUCACCAAAUCAAAACUUUUUUGUGGUAAACUCAUCCGCGAAAAAUCCCAUUCUGUUUUUUUAAACCAGGGGAAAAAACCAAAAAAAAAGAACACCAACACCUAAAUUUAAACCGAUUCAAACACACAUUAUUCCAUUAAACAACAAUUAGAUCUGUGGUAUCAUCAUUAUCAUCGUAUUGUUUAUUGAAGAAGAGAGAACUUAGAGACUAGUUACCACCAAAAUCCACUUAUAUCAUUAAUCCUUGUUGUUGUGUUGAAUAAAUCCAUAUAUCAAUAAUGUCAUCUUCAGUACCUUAUGAUCCAUAUAUCCCAUCAGGGGAAUCUAAUAACCAAACACAAUCAAAUUCAAGAACUGCUGCAUUACAAUCGGAAAUUGAUGAUACAGUGGGUAUUAUGAGAGAGAAUAUUGAUAAAGUGGCAAGACGUGGUGAUAAUUUAAGUUCUAUUGAAAAUAAAGCUGAUGAUUUAGCAGUAUCUGCUCAAGGUUUUAGAAGAGGUGCUAAUAGAGUGAGAAAACAAAUGUGGUUAAAAGAUAUGAAGAUGAGAUUUUGUCUUGUUGCUGUUGUUAUUAUAUUAUUGAUUGUUAUAAUUGUUCCAAUUGUUGUUCAUUUUACAUAAGAGAGGUGAAAGAAGGAAAGAGAGAGAGAGGGAAGAGAAGAGAGAGAUCAAAAGAGAGAUGGCAUGCUAAUAUAG